CUCCAGGGAGGUGCCUCAUAGCAGCCCGCCCUCUAUGCUGGCUUCCUCAGGAAAAGCCUUGGGAGGAAACAGGGAGGGGGUUGGGCGCUGUGGGGACCUGAUCAAACCAGGCCCUCCUACUCCACUGGCCACCAUGGGACUAGGGCUCCUGUUCCCUCUGCUGCUGCUCUGGACUCGGGGGACCCACGGAUCCACACUAGACCCAACUGGUCAGCAUGUCUGUAGAGGCAGCAGCCCCUCUGAGCUCCAGUGCUGCCCAGGCUGGAGACAGAAAGAUGAAGAAUGCACCAUCCCCAUCUGUGAGGGGCCUGAUGCCUGCAAGAAAGAUGAGGUGUGUGUGAAGCCAGGCCUCUGUCGAUGUAAACCUGGAUUCUUCGGAGCCCAGUGCAGCUCCCGCUGCCCAGGCCAGUACUGGGGCCCUGACUGCCGUGAGACCUGCCCUUGCCAUCCACGUGGCCAGUGCGAGUUGGCUACGGGUGUGUGCCAGUGCCAGCCUAACUACUGGGGCAGGCUCUGUGAGUUCCCUUGCACCUGUGGCCCCCACGGACAGUGUGACCAAAAGACAGGCUUAUGUCACUGCGAUCCUGGUUGGUGGUCAUCCACAUGUCGUCGCCCAUGCCAGUGCAACCCAGCAGCACGCUGUGACCAGGCCACUGGAGCCUGCCUGUGCCCAUCUGGCUGGUGGGGUCGCCGCUGCAGCUUCAAGUGCAACUGUCACAACUCACCCUGCGUACAGGACUCUGGCCACUGCACCUGCCUGCAGGGCUGGUGGGGUCCUGAGUGUAAUCACAGGUGCCAGUGUGUUCGAGGCCAGUGCAGUGUUACUUCUGGCCACUGUUCCUGCCCUCCUGGCUUCUACGGAGCCCGCUGUGAGCUGCCCUGCAACCCUGGCCACUAUGGAGCACAGUGCAGAGAAAGCUGUGGCCACUGCACGCUGAAUACAACGUGCUCUCCAGUCACGGGCACCUGUGAAUCCUGCAAGCCCGGCUGGAAUGGGACUCAGUGCAAGCAGCCAUGCCCUCCUGGAACCUUUGGUGAGAGGUGCCGCGAGCAGUGUCCCCGCUGCCGGCUUGGAGAGCCCUGUCAUGCAGAAACUGGGCACUGCCAGCGCUGUGACCCUGGUUGGCUAGGGCGCAGAUGUGAGAACCCUUGUCCCCUUGGUUCCUUUGGGGAGGGCUGCAGCUCCACCUGCCCCACCUGUGUUCAGGGGACCUGUGAUGCGGUGACAGGGGAAUGUGUCUGCAGUGCUGGCUACUGGGGGACCAGCUGCAAUAGUUCCUGCCCAUCUGGCUUCCAUGGAAACAAUUGCUCUACCCCCUGCCAGUGCUCAGAGGGGCUCUGCCACCCUGUGUCUGGGGCCUGCCAGCUGGGCCCCCGAGGUAAAAACGCCCUCAUUGCGGGGAUCCUGGUGCCUCUGCUGCUGCUCCUUGUGGGUCUCAUCUGCUACGUUUAUUGCUGCUCAGCCACCCGACUGGACCCCAAGGACAGGCCACAGAGAAAUGGAGCUGCCUUGUUCAGAAUGAAGCAGCAGGUGUGGGGAGCCCUCACCAGCUUGGGUUCUUCACUGCCCUGUGGCUCCCUUAGUAACUACAAGCUACCCUGGGUGACAGUUUCUCACCACGAUCCGGAGGUUCCCUUCAACCACAGCUUUAUCGAGCCACCAUCUGCUGGCUGGGCCUCUGAUGAUUCCUUCUCUUCUGACCCUGACUCUGCAGAAGAAGACGAAAGUCAUGCCUACUCCAUGCCACCUCGAGAAGUGAUGGUCCCUGUGGCCCAAGAAGAGUCUCCAGAAGCCAGCCUUCCUGGAGGCCCCUUCCCUCCCCCUGAGGAUGCUUCGACACCAUUCCCCAUCCCACGCACCUCCAGCCUGGCUCGGGCCAAGAGGCCGUCUGUCUCCUUCGCUGAAGGCACUAAGUUUGCACCGCAGAAUAGCCGAAACUCUGGGGAUCUCUCCAGCCCCGUACGAAAACCCAAGAGACUCUCCAGAGGUGCUCAGCCAUGUCCUGAAGGGCAGGAGGCUGAGGAGCCUGCAGAUCCAGAGCAAGCAAACACAGAGGAGGAUGCUCCUACUGCCACAACUCCUGGAGAUUCUGCCACUAGUCACCAGCACCCACCUACUAACCGGACAGUGGCUGAGUGUGUGGAAACUACCAACGGCAGCAUCCAGGAGAGCUCAGGCUCUGUGGACACAAUCUAUAUGCUGGCAGGAACACCCCAGAAACCCGAGGGCCCUGCCUGGUCUGUCUUCCGUCGUUUGGGAAACUAUCAGAAAGAUCAGGCAGCACCCAAGGUCAAGAGCGCCAUCCCUAAGCCUUUGCGUCGAUCUCUAGGUCGGAACCAGGGCAGCCCUGGGCUAUCCCAGACCUCUGGCUCAGCUCCAGAAACCAUGCUCUCUGGAACCAUAGAAUCCACUGAAGUUAGGCCAGAGGAAGCAUCCAGAGGUCUGGGAGAUGGCAGUGAGAGCUUAGGGACAGUCCAGGAGCCAGUUUCUGGAAACAGCUCCCUGGAACAGGCUUCCCAGAAACAGGCCAAAGAGGAGCAGGAGCCCCUAUAUGAGAAUGUUGUGCCCAUGUCUGUGCCAAAACAGCACUGAGGACCCUGAAUUUGGUGAGUGGGAAGACUGUGGAUGGGGAUGUGGGGAGAGGAGGAUGCCUAAACUGCUAUGGACCUGCUUGGGGAGAGGAGAAUACUGAAACUUCCAUGGACCAGUGUGGAGAGAGGAGGAUGCUGGAACUUCCAUGGACCAGAUCGGGCUUUGUGCUGGGAAUUGAUGCCAGACUAAGCAGAAUUUGUGACAGACUAAGCACAAACCAAGCCCUGGAAGAGGCAAGGGUUAGGGGUCACCUGGCUGUAGGUCUGGCCCUGGCAGUGUUCCCAGUUGGGACUGGAAGACCUGGAUAGAGACCCUGCAGAACGGGGUCAGAGGAAGGAGGGAGCUACAGAACUCUUCCUCUGUUGUUCUGGACUCUGUCCCAAGACCAUUCUUUCCAUCACUUCAAAACAUUUUUUUUUCUGAAAUAGAAAACAACCUAAAUGAUGAUAAUGAUUAAACUAAUAUUUCU